AGAAAAUUCAAGAAGGUUUGCUCAUUACAAAACAAAGAGAAAGAGAGUGUGAGAGAGACACGAGAGGAGGUUGAAGGAACAAAGCUUGUGUGUGAGUGUGACCUUCCCUGAAUCAGAGAAAUGGCUAGGAACGCUGAUUACCUUCGGUGCUUACAAGAACGCAAGAAUGAAGGCUUCUUUAAGGCUGUUCGGAGUAUAGAUGUUGCUUCCGAAAACAUGCGAGCACUUCCUCAUGACUUCGUGAGAAGCUUCUCCGACAAAGAGCUCUCAUGUAAGAUGAAGAUAAGAACACAGUGGGGACGCUCUUGGGAAGUAGCAAUUUCCAAAAACCCAAGAUUCUACUUCAUGGAGAAGUCUGGUUGGGAGAAGUUUGUGAAGGACAAUGCCUUGGGACACAGUGAGUUUCUUACAUUCACUCACAAAGGGAACAUGAGUUUCACUGUCAGCAUCUUCAAACAAAACGGCAAGGAGAUGCUCCAACCUUCACAGUCCAGAGCAUCCUUGGCUUCUUCUAGUCGGAUUAAAACAGAACAAAGAAGAGGUAGUGUCUACAAUGAUGUCAAGAAGGACAAGGUGGUGUCUCCUGAGUUGAGUAAUCGUGGCGCAACAAGGGAAGCUGAAUCAAAUGGAGGAGAAAAGUACAAAAGGAAGCUCAGCUUUAGGAAGAAGAAACCUGAGGAAACCCAAAACUCCAAGAGAAGUGAGAAAGUGGUUAGGGCCAGGAGGGAUUCUGCAGCUUCCUCUUCGUCUUCGGUUCCAGAAUUCACCAUCUUAUUCAAGAAAGCAUAUCUCAUAUUCCUGAGGAUCCCGGUUUCUUUUGCAAAGGAUCAUAUGUCGGAGGAGAAGACAAUGUUCAAGAUCCAUCACCCAGAUGGGAAGAAAUCCUGGAAUGUGGUUUAUCUAGUGAGGUUUAGAGCUUUCUCUGGUGGAUGGCGCUCUCUGGUUAAAGAGUAUCCCAUUGAUAUUGGGGAUACUUGCAAAUUCACACUCAUCGAACCAAACGAGCUGCUUCUCGUUGUCUUUAAACCCUAAGAGGAGACUCACUGAUGAUGGAUGAAUCUAUGUGAGGGGUGGUGUCUUGGAGAAGAGGCUACUGAUCAGUACUUAGUAAAAGAAACUUUUGUCUUUAUGAGUGUUGUCUUAAGUGUUGUGUUUUGACUUUUGAGACAGUUCUGAGUCAGUUGGUUGGUAUUGAACUUAUCUUAUGUGA